AUGCGACUGUACUGUUUUGCUGGGCUACUGUUAUUGCUCGCUAAACCCAUUUUAUCAGACACUUCGUCAUCUGGACUCGCUCCACCAGGGCUUCAGCCUCUAAUAGUCCGCGGUGAUGCUCUGCUUUCCGCCGGACAAUUUAACGAUGCAGCGAAAGCAUACACAGACGCCAUCUCGCUCUCCCCUGCAGAUUAUUUACUGUUUUACAAGCGAGCUACAGCUUACUUCUCGUUAAGCCGUCAUGCGAGCGCGCUUGAUGACUUCACCAAGGUUCUGGAAUUGACUGGCGGAGAAUUCGACCGCGCCAUUAUGAUGAUGGCGAAAAUCCAUACCAAGGAAGGAGAAUGGGCUCGUGCCAAGGAGUUACUUGCAACGUAUAACAUGAAAGUUGCUGGCGAUCAAUCUGCGAACGACAUGCUUAGUGAUAUCAGGGAGGCUGAGGCAGUAGCCUCGAAGGCUGUUAAAGCAAGGCGCGCCCAGCUAUGGACUGUUUGCUCAGAAGCUGCAACGCAGGCUCUACGAGUAGCCAGUCAUAGUUUUGAGCUUAGGCAGACAAGAGCAGAUUGUAAUUUGGCCAGUGGCGACGUGCAAGGAGCUGUGGUCGACCUAACUCGACUGUCAUAUUUAUCCCACCCUACCACUCUCUCUCUUAUCCGUAUCUUCCGCCUCUCGUACUUCCUGCUUCCACCUUCACAGUCGUCCUCGCACCUUUCACCUCUCAAACAAUGUCUUCAUUUAGACCCCGACUCAUCUUUGUGUUUACCAGCCCAUAGACUCACGAAAUCUCUCGACAAGGGUUUUGCUAAAUUGGAGAAGCUUUUAGAGGCCAGUGAUUGGAAAGGUGUUUUAAAGCAUGUCGUUGGUAAUGCGAAAGACUUUCCUGGCAAUGGCUUUGCUCGUACUUUCGAAGACGCACUGCUUGCAAACGGGGAUCCAGAGAUGCUGUCACCACCUGCUUCCAAGCUCCCCCUACCUACUGUUAUCUCUUCAAGCCCGCGUCGCGCUCUUAUCCUUCGUGGAGCAUGCCGUGCCUAUUUGAGGCUCAACAAUGCAAAGAAGGGCGAACCUUGGUGUGAUGCUCUGCUUGCGAUGUCUGAAGAUACCUUCCGGGCCCUGAAUGAUAUGGGCGGCGACAUUAAUGUGGAAGUCGACGCGUGGGUGGUGAAGGGCGAGGCAAUGCUGAUUCGUGAAGAGUGGGAAGACGCAGUACGCUCUUUUGAACGGGCGUUUGAGAGCAGUGGUCGCAGUGACAGAGACGUGCUAGCGCGCUUACAGAAAGCUCAACGGCUACUAAAGCAAUCCAAGCAGAAGGAUUACUACAAGGUUCUUGGCGUCUCCAGGGAUGCGGACGCGAAAACUAUCAAGAAAGCCUUCCGCAAAGCAGCUAUGACAGCACAUCCUGACAAGGGGGGCUCAGAGGCGAAAAUGGCAGAAGUGAAUGAGGCAUACGAGGUCCUGAGUAAUCCAGGCAAGAACAUGUAUAAUCAACAUAUUUGCGCAUCUUGCUCAUCACAUCGUGUAGAACUACGUCAACGCUUCGACAACGGUGAUGACCCAAAUGAUUCUGGCUCACAUGGAGGCACUCCAUUCACCGGAUUCGCAAGUCCAUUCGGUGGUGGCGGCGGCGGCGGCGAGCAUCCAUUUGCGCAGUUUUUCCAGCAAGCUGGGCAGCGCGGUUUCUCGUUUGGGAGAGGCCAUUAAUAUCGACUAUGACUCCUUACUAUCGCAGCGUAAU